AAAAAAAAAUCCACUUUCUACCUACAAAGGGUAAAAGAAAAUAAAACAAUGUCUCGGUCAAAACCGAGCUAGGAGUAAGGGAAACUAAUCUUGGAUAGGCAAAGAGAUGGUUAAGUAGUUGCUCAUGAGCUAUAUUACAACACAUAGCAUGCACAAAAAUAGUUAAUUUCCCAUCGAUGUUUUUGCUGAAAGAUCACGUAAAUUAAGAUUUUGACAAUAAUGACAUAUCUGUAAACCCUUCUCCUAAAUAAGCAAGUAGUACUGUUUGCUUGUUGAAUCCAAAGUUCUUGCCGUCUCUUAUGGGCUAUAAAUAGCCUGUAAACUUUCUGUUGUUCGUAUUCUCUGCAUUAUAAAUAGAAGUUGUUGCCAUUUGCAUGAUCUAUGAGUUUUCAUAUCCUUUAUUGUCUUCCAUCCUCUCCAAUCUGAUCACCCUCCGUCAACAACAGCAAAAGGGAGAAGAGAAAUUAUUCGCCCUAGCGGUUCUGGAGUCGGAGAUCCACCAUGCUUGACGAUGACCAUCCCUUCGCCGUAAAUCUCUUGGACUAACAUUAGGCUCAAUUCAAUGUGUUCCCUGGCAUUGUUUGAGAGUUUCAGAGCCUCUGGGAAAGGUGUUUUCAGGCCUUUCUUCAACGGUUUUUCGGUCAGUGCAUGGCUUGAUGCAUGCAUGACCCUCCACUCCCCUUGUCGCCCAUGCUUGUUCUUGAUCAGGAAUCCAUUGGAUCGGCAGUGGCCAUGCAUGCUUUGAUCUUGCAAGACCAAUGGGCAUGGGGUGCAAUAAUUGUUUGGUGCCUAUCCAAGAAAAGCAAGAAAGACGCAAGAUCAGGAAGAAAUCUUUUGAGCUUUUGGACCCCCCCUGCGGUACCAAGAGAAUAUAUACCCCGACUUGAUUGUUUUAGCUUGUUGGUAUGGAUGAACUUUAUAUCCAUUUCGCCGGGAAUUUUGAUUAUUGGGACAUUUCUUUUGCUUAAAUUCCCUAAUCCUAAUAGUACCCUUAUACUGUUUGCCAUCCCCAGAGAGAUGGCAAAUAGAACAUUACUGUUGCACAUACAACUGUGCGGCAUUUGAUUCCCUGGAAAGAAAAGACUAUAAAAGAAUCACAGUAAUAUUUUCACAACACGGAGUCGUUAGUACUUAGCAGUUUGCAAUUUCAAUCUCUAAUCGUUCAAAUCUUUUGUGUUCUUGAAAAAAAAUCUCAGUUUAGCAUUUGCAUGACGAUUAGUAUUUGUACACAACAGGUUUGCAAUACACAGUUGUUCUAUUGAUGAUAAAAAAUGAAGCUUGGUCUGAAAUGGAUGUUGCUGCAAGUUCUUGGUUGACCUCUGAAUUCUCGCAGGAUGACAUCUCGAGCCCCAUUGCGGCGCACAUCCUGGACUUCUGCGACGAUGGCAGCGGCGGGGACCUCUUCGCGGCCGUGAACGCGGCGUCGGACAUGUUCACGGCGUCCUCCGAGGACGCCUCGUCGUCGUCCGUGACGACGCCUCCCGCGCCCUGCAGCCACGGCGACAACGUGUCGUCGGGCGCCACGGCGGCCUUCUCCCCCAUGCCGUCCCUGGACUCCACCCUGUCGGCGCUCCUCGAGGAAGACGAUCCACCAGUUCCCGACACCGAACUCCUCCCCAUCGAUUAUCAGUUCGCGGCAGCGGUGGCCGGGGAUGAGCCACCCCAGCCGGAGCAGCAGUUUGGCCAGGUUCCGGUGGCGCUCCCAAUGGCCUCCGCGGCGGAGCAACCGGCGGCUCUGCAGACGCAGAUGAGCAGCACGGCGUCGGAGCUCAUGCACCUCACCUCCUCCGGGUACAGCGACGAGUGCUUCGCGGCGGCGAUGGCCGGCGGAGGGUACGUGGGCCUGGAAGAGGCUUUGUGCCAGCAGCAGCAGCCGCCGCCGCAGCCCGGCGCGUUGCUCCCCGCCGGCGUCAUGGAAACCGCCGCGCAGGGGUGCUUCUUCGGCAAGGACGCGGCGGCGCAAGGUGGCUUCUUCGGGACUGGCUGCACCGGCAUGGGGACGUCCAUGAUGGGGAUGGAGGAGAUCGGCGAGUACCAGCGGAUGAUGGAGACCGCGAGCGCCGCGCUGGCCGCCACGCGCAGCCCCGACGCGGACUCCGCCGCCGCGGCGCAGAUGGCGUUCGCUGGCAACGCCGGGGAAAUGCAGAUGGGCGGCGGCAUGAGCCCGGGGCGGCUGCCGGCAGCCGCGGCGGCGACGGAGGCGUCGAGCCUGGAGGACGCGAGCUUCAAGACCGCAAAAAUCAGCGUGGAGGAGAGACGGGAGAAGAUCCACAGGUACAUCAAGAAGCGGAACGAGCGCAACUUCAGCAAGAAGAUCAAGUACGCCUGCAGGAAGACCCUGGCGGACAGCAGGCCUCGCGUGCGCGGCAGAUUCGCCAAGAACGACGACUACGGCGAGCCGUCGAGGGCGCUUCAGAACCACGACGAGUAUGACCAGAUUGCGGGCAUGAAGGAGGAAGACAUGCUCGACACCGACGCCCUGCAGGCGCACCUCAGCGGGAUGAAUUCCUACAUGUACAACCACACGGUCGAGUCCUGGAUGUAGUGCAAGCGAGACAUGGCUAACGUUUCCCGUUUCUGUUUCCAAAUUUUGUGCAGAAUUCAACAGUAUUUUUGUUAUUUGGUCCCAUGGAAUAAUUUAUACUUUAUAGGUUUAUAAAGUGCAGGGCGAAGCUUGAGUUGCUAUA